AUGGCCAAAGGAUCUUCGACCCAAGAUGUUCGGCAAUAUAUGAGCAGGAGUGAAAGUAUUGUUAAGAGGGGAAGUCCUUACGCAGAGACUGGUCGUGCCUAUGUCGGAUUAAAGUCAUCAGGGAGUGGGAUUUGUGCCAUUGAAAUGCGCAACGGAGUCCCAGUCUCAUUCAUCAGUCACUGUGCUGUUAAAGAGGAAGACCAUGGGGUGAAGUACCUAAGGCAAGUAACUCAUACGAAUUUGUUGGGCUUAAAGGAAGUUUAUCUGAAAGAUGGCGUCGCCUUCUUCCUUUACGACGCAUGGGGUAUCACACUAGACGAACUCCAGCGACUGUCCCAUGUGUUCCGACUCGGUGAAGUGGAAGUUGCAACUAUUUGCAAAGGGAUACUUCAAGGUUUGGAAUAUAUCCAUAAUGACCUAGAAAUCUGCCACGGAGACUUGUCCUGCUCCACUGUCUUGAUCAAUGACGGAGGUGACGUAAAAAUUGCUGGCAUUGGUGAAAGCAUGAUUCGAAAGUCCUCACUUCAAGCAAAGUUUCAAGAUAUUAGGGCAGUCUGUAAUAUUGCCCACACUCUUCUAGGUCAUGAUAACAUGACUGGGGUACGGGGCACCUUGGGUCUCCUUGCCGUAGACUUUAUUGCCGCACCACCGGACGUGACGGUGGAAAAUCUCCUUCAGGUACAUCUAGGAACAAGCAAAGCAUCAAUCAUAACGCUGAAAAUAAGAUUCUUAGCACUCGUUUCUUCAAAUUGCUGUACCACACUGUGUACGUCCGGUUAA